GCUGGUCACACUUUAUAUUGAGAAGUAGUCUAUUGUGUACAUGUUUUCUUCUCAUUUUUACAAUUAAUGCAUAAAACUGCAUUUGACAAACAAAGAUAUUGCGCAUUGGUAAAUUGAUCGCCAUGAAACCCGAGAACUUGAACAAUUUCUCGCAGAAACAUCGAGGAUCAGUGGAAGAUUCAACCACUGAAAACAAUUCGCUCAGCAGCGAUUCGGAUAUUGAAGAUAUCAGCAGUGCAAGCGGCGAUCAAAAAAGGAUCGUACAAGGACUAAGGAAGAUCAUUAAGAAGAACAACACAAAGAUAAAUGAUCUGGUGGCCAAGUUGACGAUUGCCGAAAUUCAUUUGGCAAGUGAAAAGGAAAAGUCCAAUUAUAAAGACGAUUUAAUCAAGCUAACUAAUGAAAACAAAGACUUGAGCGUAAAGCAAUUGCAAAGAAACAUUUUAGACCUAGAAAAGGAACUUGCUUUGAGCAAGAAUCAGGGUUCAAUUAAAGAAAAAGAUAAAGAAACGUCCGGUCUUGUAGACUGUGACGACCAAUAUAAGAAAAGGAUUGCAGAAUUGAAUGCUCUAAUAGAUAAAUUGGAAGGUAAACUUGAAGAAAAGAGCAUUAAAUUGGCCAACUUUAAUGAGAAGAGCAAUGAAUAUGAAAACAAUCUAAGUGAGAAAGACAAGCAAAUCGAAAAGCUAGAGUACGAACUCACCGAAUCCAAAGCCAAAAUUGUUAAAUUGGAAUCUACAAUUCAUGAAAAGGAUGAAGAGCUUGUCGAAUGGAACAGGAAGACACAAAAAUGUGAAGCCAAAAUUAAAAGCUAUGAAGCUAACAUAAAUGAAAUGAACAAAAAAUUGUCUGAGUUUAACUUAGGUGCUGAAUGUUGCUUGGAUAAAUCUCUUAUAAUAGAUCUAAUAGAUAAAUUGGAAGGUAAACUUGAAGAGAAGAGCAUUAAACUGGCCAACUUUGAUGAGAAGAGCAAUGAAUUGUAA